AACGUGCAGAGUUUUAUAGGGGUGUAUUUGUAAGAGUCCGUGCAAGAGCAUUUAUAGAAGAAAUUAUGCUGUAUUUACUUCAUACUCCUUGUUUAUACUAUGAACUUGGUCCUUGCUCGAUUAGCCCAGAAGGAAAUCAUACAACUUAUAAUCCUUACUCAUGGAUUAGCAACUCGAGUAUUAUUUUCUUGGAUCAACCAACUAAUGCAGGAUAUUCUUAUGGAGAUUAUGUAUAUGACACUUUCGCUGCUGCACAUGAUAAAUGGCCUGUGAUUCACCUUAUGGGACCAGUAUUAGAUAAUUCCACAUGCAAUCAGUUGAGAAGAGAUUAUAUUCCGUGUGCUAAAUUAACUAAAAGAUGUUAUGACUCAAAAAAUGUAACAGAUUGUGUAGCUGCUGAACAAUGUUUAGAUGGAAUGGCUCUUACUUGUUUCAAUGUUAAUAGGAGUAAGCUUGAUAUAAGAAAAUCAUGUUACAAUGAUUCGUGUUAUCCAGAACGUCAAGCUGUUGAGAAAUAUUCUAAUCGUGAAGAUGUUAAAACUGAGUUGGGCGUUAAUCCUUCGUUUGUCUUUCGAGUUUCUAAUACUAAUCUUAAAGGAUACUUUAUAAAUUCUGGUAUUGAAGCGUGGAUAAAAGCACUCGAAUGGAGUGGUGCCAAAGGGUUUAAUAAUGCUAAUGUUACUCGUUGGAUAACAACUACUGGUAAUUAUGCUGGAGACGUUAAAACAUUUAAAGGACUUACGUACCUGAAAAUUUUCGAAGCAGGACAUUUGGUAGCUCAUGAUCAGCCAAUAGCCACUUUAGAUUUUUUUAAUAAAUGGAUAUUUAAUAAAAAUUUGUAA